CCUUUGCUUUUGCCGGCGUCGAAACCUCCUCCGUGUAACAAACUCCACCACCAUCAUUAGCUCCUUUCCUCGUUGCUCUCGCCUACGCUGUGCAGCUCAAACCGGUAACAUGAAUCCGGCGAGUUACCAGCCUCCGUUCCACUGGGCUCCGAUGCUACCUCCCGAUCCACCUCGCCGCGGUGCGUUCUGGAACACCAAGAACAUAUCCGAUCAGCUCAAACAGCUCCAAGAUACAAUCCACCUCGCAAAAUCAAUGGAGAAGGAACUGGAUGCGUUGAGGAUGAUCAAAGACGGUAAAGGUUCGAUGGAAACUGUGGAGGGAGGGUCAGGGGUAGAGUGUUUGAGGAGAUAUGUAGAAAGUGUGAAGGUUGAUUUGGAAGAGCAGGAGAAGCUUUCAGUGGAAGCUGCUAACUCCUUGAUGUCUACGUUAAGAGCACAGCUUGAGCCUUUUAGGUUUGUUGUUGACGAGAGUUCUCCAUGGGAGGAGAAAUCUGCGGCGGCGAGAUUGAGUUGUAGGAUGAAGAAGUCUAAAAGGAAUAAACUUUGGAAGAAGAAGAAGAGACGUUGUGUUGCAGAGAUGCGUGCUAAGGAGCCUGAGAGAUUUGAACAAGCUGAUCGAGAGGCUGAUGAGUGGAGGGAAAAGGAAAUGGCCAAGGACAUGGCUAACAGAAAGGUUGAUGAGAUGAAGGCAAUUGAGAAGGUCAAGGCGAAACGAGAACGAAGGAGACUAGAACCCGAGCUUGAACUAGCUCUAAUUGUUGAGGAAAUGCAAGAGUUGCGUUCGCUAAGAAUCGAGAAACUAAAGAAGCAAGGGCAUUUUUUUCCGGAAGAAGAUGACAAGUUCUUCGAUAGUGUUCGCGCUGCUGUGGAGCAAGAGGAGAAUCAAGCUCAGUCUGUAAUCAACACAGAGAACGAAGAGAAUGUCAUUGCCUCCGAGGAAGACACUAAUCUAACAACCGAUAACAAAAUCAUCAACAAUGACACGGAUAAAGAAAGCAAUACUGUCUUAGGGGCGGCUUGUGAAAAGAAAAUAGAAGCUCCUCCUCCUGACAAUGGUGUCGACAAUGUAUCAAAUUUACCGGUGGAAUGUUAUCACUACUACUACGGAAGCAAUUUGGACAUGGGAAGGCUUAUUGAGAUUAGAAGAGAAUGGGAUGCAUAUCUGAGUCCAGGAGGAAGCCGGAUUCCUGGACAUUGGGUGCAGCCAUCGGCACCAGCUAAUGAGAUUUGGGCUUCUUGUCUUGUUAAAAACUCCAAAGAGUGAUCUUAGUUAGUAGGCGGUCGUAUUCUAGGAGACAGGACAAUGUUAAUCUUAAACUAGAGUUCCAUAAAUAUUGUUGCUGGAGAAAUCUUAAGUUAGUGUCGAUCCUGUUUUAAAACAUACCAACUCAUGGAUAACGAUUUUGUUAGUUUGAUGAA